CUACGAGAAGGCGAACAGGACCACAAGUAUGGAGAGCAGAGACGGCGGAUUCUGAGUCAUGGAAUAGUCUACGAAGCCUGAGUCGCAUCCCUCUAACUGGCUCCUAACCGGCAGUGUGUGCAUUGUGGGUUUCAACUAUCAUCCAUCAUUCCCGCCACUGUGCAGAUUGAACCAGAGUUGCGCGGCAGGUCGGGUCAGGAUGAAGCCUCCGAUUCCCCUUAUUGUCGUGUUCGAACUUACCAUUCGCAGCUGAGAGUGUUCCAGUCUCCAAUCCGGAACUUCUUCAGACCUCUUGGCAGUGCCACAAUCAACUUUACGUACUCAAUCUGCAGUUUGAAUUUUCGGUCUGCUUAAUCGGAUUCACUGUGGACGUUGCAUGCGUUGGCCGCGAUUCGGAAAGUUGGAGAGGUUUUUGGGUUUGUAGAAGAAAGUGCUGUCGGCGAUGUUGUGCGUAGAACCAUGCUUCAGAUUUUAGGGUUUAAGCAUGUAACUAGAUUGUUAUUUGAGGCGAAACGAGGGUGAAGGGGUAAAGUCGCGGGCUCUUAAUGCAUGAAGUUGGCGUUCUUUGGAGAAAUCUGUAAGCAUUUUUCAAUUUGUAGAUGGAGAGCCUUACAACAGAGGAUGAGGAGGACUGGCUCAGACUCCCUCUGUCGUCUACCAAGCCGGCGGUAGAGCCUCCGGAAGUGCAUGCGAAGAAGAGGCAGAAAAAGGUGGUCACCUUGGAUGAUCUUGUCCAAGAUGACCUCAAGAAAAAACCUAAAGCCAAAAGCAACAAGCUGGUCCAGAAAUUGAAGGCCAAGGCUCAUUUAUAUUCCUAUUCAGAUGAGGAGGGUGAGGAAAAUCUUCGCGCCCCUAAGCUACUCGAGGAACUAGAGAAGCAGGUCACAAAUGGCAUCGGAGAGGAAGUGGAGCCGGAAUGGGGUCAAGAAGUGUUCCGUGCGCAGUUAGAACCUCCAUCCACGCCCUGUGGUGGUACUCCUAGUCUUCACCGGGCGUUGCAAGCAUUAGAGGGGGAAGGACGUGAGACUUCUUUGGAGGGUUUAGCCAGGUCCGGGUUUCUGCGAGCAUGGGCACUGUGUACUAAACGCUGCGACGAAUCAACUUUACGUUGGACAUACCAUCAAAUGGCCUAUUCAAUCGACGAAUCUUUGGAAAGAUGUUGCUGCAAGUUCCUGAGCGAUUUAGUUUCUCGAAUCUCCACGGAUUCCGGAGCUCUAUUGGAGAUGGAAUGGCUUCCGAAUCUAUCGGAUAUUAAGGAAACUCUCACUGUGUAUGGAUAUAUGCGAAAUUCAAGAGAUUUUGAAGACACGCACAUGGACAGCUCAAGUGAGAGUAUUGUGAGGGGACCUCUGAAGAACCUGCGUUCCAUUCUUGAAUUCAUAGCUACCCUCUUUGUUACACGACAUGUGCAACCAUAUUACUCAGUUGUAGAUAUUGAAUCCCUGUUGGUGAUCAUGGUGCACCUUAGCCUUGCUCGGGAAUUGCUUGGAAUAUUGGACAAAGUCCAAGACUGUAUUCUUGCAUUGAUCCGCUAUUUCAGCCCUGAAGAAUGGUCAGAAGUAUGUCCACGCGUGACUGUGAGUAUCUCAGAUCUGACAGAAGGAGUUCAUAACGGGGUUUUCCUUCUUGGAAUGUUUAGCGGAUUAGGCAAACGCUCAGUGGAUAUGCAACGCCGUUUGGCUCUACAUGAACUAUCGAAGCUCGCUCGACGAAAAAGGCUUCUUGCAACUUCUAGGGAGGUGGCUUCAUUAUUUGAGAAUGUCAAUCUGAAGGGAAAGGUCGUUGAUUUUGGAAAGCUCUAUUAUCAGGUUGUAAUAGCGGACAUAUUCUUGUGGUGUAAUGAAGGUCCCAUUGACGAGGUAGCAAGAUCGAUAUGGAUCAAAUUUCUCGGAUUGUGUUCUAGGCAGAUCUACAUAGGUGAUGAGCGUGCUUUUGCUACCAAGUUAAGGAACACAGCUUCCUUUUUGAUGCAAAAGUACGAGCAUGAGAGUCAUGAUAUAGAGAUCUCCCAUGUUAAGGCUGCUGACGAGAACUUCCAGUGACCAUAACUGCUCAUAGUGCGAGGCAGGUUUUGCAUACCACAUUGUUUUGAGUCGUGCACCUUGGCGUGGUAACAGCGCAAUGUGUAUGUGUGAGAACCUACGAAGCAGGGAUUGUUUUAGGGCCUCCAGUGCCUGUGGCUUUAUUCACAGAAACAGAAGAUGGACUCUUUUGAUUCGUCUUUGGCGGUUCUAUAUGUUAAAUGCGCGUCGCUUAGGGAGCUAAGACCUUGACAGCGAGUUCUUUCUGCUGAGCAUGGAUGAAACACUUGACACGUUUUCAACCUGAGGAACUUCAAAGGUACGAGUAACGGUGUAAAUUUGCUAGUUACUGGUGAUGGUGGCUAAUUCUUUACUGAAGCCCCUCAGAACCCUGCAACAGAUGUUACUGAGAUGCUGGCAGGACCAGACAAGCGGUAGUUAAUGAUGGUUUUGGAAUUGAAACAAGAUGGGAUGCAGACCACCUCAAAUUUACUCUGAGCUACUGGGCAGCUGGGUGCGGAUUCAGGUUUGUCUGCAUUCGUUAAAUGCUAUGGUUAUCUUAGAUGGUCGGUAUUUUUUUAUUUUUUGUUUUUUGUUUUUUAGAAAUUAUUUGUAUAGUCUCGACAAUGAUAUAAUAGGACAGGGUUCAAGCUUAACACAUAUUUUUUACAUCGUGUUUUGUCACAAAAAGCGCUAAUCGAUAUCAUAGUUGAAAAUUGUC